GUUUAAGAAGAAGAUUACUUAUCCCCGUAAAGUACGACGACCAGAAAACUACUGUCAGUCACAUUAUUCAAACAAAAGUGCUCGAGUCGUUCAACGCUUCCCACUCUCCAAUGGCCGAAAACGCCGUCUCAUCCAACUUCCCGGAUUCCGUCAACGUUAACGGCGACUUCCCCGAUGAUUGUUUGCCGCCGGAUCCGCUGUUACAAUCCGGCACCUACAUCCACGCCGAUUCAAACGCAACCGUUGAGACCACACCGGAGAGGAGCCUACUAGAUGAACCGCACGUGUCCGAUCCAAUGCCGGCGGCGGCUUCGACGGAAAGUACGGCGAAGAUUCAAACGGUGUCGACCGAGCUGGUAACGCCUAAGCGGCGGCUGAAUAAAUCGGUGGAGGUAACGUCGGAGAGGCCGAGCUGGUUGCCUAAAAUAAAGAAAACAUAUCUCUUUGAAGAGUUUUUGGACUUUGAUUACUUGGCUAUAACUGUGGAAAUCGAGGUAGAGUUCAAUUUGAUGACCUGGUGUGCUCAAGAAAAAAGAGCAAAAGAUGAUAUUGUGUUUAUUGAAGGGCAAUCACAAAGACCUUCUGGAAGUACAGGAGGCAAUGAAGGUGAAGUGUGUAAUCGUUCAUCUCCCCUUAAUGGGCAGCGUUAUCCAAAUAUCUAUACUAGUGAGAGGAUGCAAGUACCCUGGGAACAGUCGACGUGUGGCCAAGUUAUCCGAGACACCACCUUUGUGCCCUGGAUUCUGCAGUACUUUUUUGAACCUGUGUCAGGGCGUAAAUUCCGGUCAAAAGUUGAGGUGCUUUAUUUCCUGGAAACAGGUGGCAAGCGCAAGAAGGGAAACACUGGCAGUGAAGCUACACCAUCUGAAACCUCUAAGAGCCAAAAACAGAAGAAGGGUGGCUCAAAAACACAGAAAAUUACCUCUUUUUACUUCGACUCUGGGAAUCCGCCACAUAGUGUAUGCUGGGUUCAGACGGACGGUUUUGCAGAUACCUGGGCACCUUCUUGUAACGGUGGCAUGAUUCCUGAACGCAGAAGACAAGAAUGGGUUGCUGUCUUCUCAAGUGUAUCCCAGCUACGGCGAAGGAAUGUGUAAAUUUUUUGUUAGGGAGAUAGGAGGCUCUAACUUGCACUAACCAGUUCACACACUUUCUCCAUAUGUCUAUCGUGUGUCAAAUCUCAUCUGAAUUGGCCUUACUUCUUGGGUUUUAGUGCAGAGACCGCAUAGUUCAUAGCUUUUUGUUUGCCGAAGGAGUAGGCAAAAGUAGCUCACCUAAAAUAUGUUCCUGAUGUAGUAUGGUAUGUUCUUGGUCCCUCGAUUGCUUAGUUGAACUCUUAUUUAUUUUGAAAUUAGGUUCAAGACCUGCUUUACGAACUA